AUGGUGUUUCUAACUAGAACUUUGUUCGCUAUUAAAGAAUUAAAACGACCACGGAAUUUUCUUCGUAGUAAAUUUUUAGAUUCUGUUAGACUUCAUGUGAAAGGAGGUACGGGGGGGACAGGUCUCCCGAAAUAUGGUGGACUUGGAGGUCAAGGCGGUUGCGUGUAUUGUGUGGGUAAGGAGAAAGCAGAGCUCAAGGCAAUAAUGGGUAAGUUUCGUGGUAAAACCAUUGCAGCUGGACAUGGCGAAGACAGCCGCAAAACGAAAAUAGUCGGUAACCCAGGUUCUGAUGUGCAACUCGAAGUGCCUGUAGGAGUAACUGUGUACAGAGAGGAUGGAAAAGUGUUAGGGUCUAUAGACCAAGAAGGUCAAUCAGUAAUAAUAGCCAGAGGAGGACCAGGCGGCACACCUGAGACAGAUUUUCUUGGGCGAUUUGGACAAACGCACCAUAUACGACUGGAUUUGAAAUUGAUCGCAGAUAUUGGGCUUGUAGGCUUCCCAAAUGCUGGUAAAAGUUCAUUACUAAAAUCAAUAUCUAGAGCUAAACCUAAAGUUGCAAAUUAUCCAUUUACUACAAUAAAACCCAAUAAAGGAGUUAUUUCCUUCAGUGAUCAUAGACAAAUAUCUAUUGCUGAUCUACCAGGACUUAUAGAAGGUGCACACAUAAAUGUGGGACUAGGCCAUAGCUUUUUAAAACAUGUAGAGAGGACAAAGCUACUACUUUUUAUAGCUGAUGUACAAGGCUUCCAGCUCGGCCCUAAAUAUCCCAUGAGGUCAUGUUUAGAAACUGUGUUACUUCUGAACAAAGAGCUCGAGUUGUACAAUAAGGAUCUACUACAAAAACCUGCAAUCCUGGCUGUAAAUAAAAUGGACCUGCCGGGUGCUAAUGAUAUUUUUGAUAAUAUUAAAAAAGCCUAUAAAAACAUCCACACUGUUUUAGAUACAAUACCAGAAGAAAUAAGACCAGAAAAUGUUAUAGAAUUUGAGGAUAUCAUUGCAAUAUCCGCUUUGAAAAAGAAUGACACAAUAGAUGAACUAAAGAAUUUACUGAGGAAGAGAUUAGAUCAAUAUGCUGAUGAAAAUGAUCCUAAUAUUGUGCAUCCCAGUGAACUGUUUAGACAAAGCAGAGAUGGUAUAAGUGAAAAGGGACCCAAAGUUACCUAA